CAUGUGUAUUGUUUACAAUUCAUCUGGGUAGGCAUUUCGGAACAUAGUGAUGUGGUUUGUGUACUUACGUGAAACAGUUAUACAAGAGUGAGACACACUUUGCUCACAAUGGACGCUGCGAUGUACAUGGCGGUUCAGAACAACGAGCCGACGACGUUACGUCAGUUGAUAGACUCCGGCGCCGACGUCAAUGAGUACUACCAGGACAUGACGUUGAUCAGCGCAAAGUCCAUCCUGCACAUGUGCUGUGAGAAGGGGAGAUACGACUGUGUGAAGGUUCUGCUAGAGAGGGGAGCCAAUCUGUACAUCCGCGACACGUGGUACCAGACGCCCCUUAUGUACUGCAUGAUCACCCAGUAUGACGACAUCGCGGCGCUGCUCCUGCAGCACGACCCGGGCAUUGUGGACAUCGGAGACAAGUACGGAAAGAGCGCCUUGCAUAUCGCCGUCGACGUGGGCUCCAUAGACUGCCUCAAGGUUCUGUUACGUUACGGCGCUGACGUCAACGUUCGUAACGAUUACGGAGUGACGCCACUGAUUCACGUCUGCGGCAACAAAUCCCUGGAGGUUGACGUCAUGCUUGAGAUGGUACGUCUUCUAGUGGAAUCAGGGGCCGACCCAAACCUGAAGUGCUAUCGGGAGGCUCGAACAGCCUUGCAGUGCGCUAUGAUCACCAAGCACGUGGAGGUGGUGGAGACGUUGCUAUCCGCGGGGUCCGAUCCCAACGUGCUUGACAACGGGGGGCGCUGUCCAAUCACCACCCUGCUGUGGUAUCACAGGGCGACAGGCAAUGACGUGGACGAUGACGUCAUGAUUAUCUGCAUAUUGCUUAUUCAGGUACAUGUAUACUGUGUACAAAGCGACGUGUUAUGCAAUCAUUGA